UUGAGGCAUGUUUAGAUGUUGCAGUACACUUGUGAUUGUUACUGUACAUGUAUGAUAUACUAGUACUGAUUCUCUGGGUUGAAACCACUGUUUAUGGUAAUUAUGAUUGUCUUUUAACAGCAUGUCAUAGUCAGGCAAUUGGAUUGACCAGCAGUGAUGCAAUUCCAGAUGGCAGCUUCUCAGCCUCAUCAUCUUUUAGUAAUGCCCGCCAACCUUGGGUUGGUCGUCUGAAUUUAAAUAGCUGGGGUUGGUUAGCAAAGACUAACACCAAUCCUGCUGACUACCUUCAAAUUGACCUGCUCUAUGAUUAUGUCAUCUGUGCUGUAGCUACCCAAGGGGGUGUUGGUGCUGAUCAGUGGGUAACAAAGUACAAGAUUCAGUUAUCAUUAAAUGAUACCACCUUUUACAUUUAUAGAGAAAACAACGCUGAGAAGGUCAGUUUGAUCUAAUUGAAAUAUCAUGCUUAACUUGGUUGAAUUUUUUCAUAUAUUUUUUUCUUGUAGUUACAUAGAAAUACACUUAGUUGUGCCUAAUUUUUUGUAAAACAGAAGAAUAAUGGAUAAUUAUGUAAGAGCAUUUUGGUAUGUGUAAAUUUGAAUCAGUUUUAUUACCAGGUUAAGUGUUGGUGGAAAUGAAUGAAAGAACUGAAAUGAGCUUCAUAGGUCAGGUCUUUCAGGCUUUAAAAUGCUUAUUUUUGAGGGCGUAAUGUAGACCAGUAUAUGAUAACCUACUAACAUGGAAUGUUGACAUGGCUUACAGUUUGAUAUGAAGUGACUCAUUUCGCUUGAUCAAAUGAUUUAAAACUGUUUCUGCUAGAAUUACAGCUGUAGAUUAUCCUCUUUCAUCAGUGUUUCUGUGAUGGUGUUAGCUACAAUUUUUAUUGGUUGGAUGUAGGCUUGUUGAUAAUUCAAAGCCAAGGAAAACUGUUGUCACAAAAAGUUCAAAUUUUCAUGUGAAGUGAAUAAACUUGUCAGUGUCUAUUAUUGUUGACUUGCUUUUGCAAACAGUAUCAUUUAUUAGUUUUGUGUAAUCUUUUGAUAUUUUAGGUCUUCAAUGGAAACUCUGGGAGAAAUGACAUAGUAAAACAUGGUCUGAGGGAGUAUGCUUUGGCAAGGUUCAUCCGUUUUGUGCCAAUAGAGUAUCAUGAUUAUAAGGCAUUGAGAGUGGAAGUUUAUGGAGUUCUCUUAUCUACAGGUACUAAUUCUAUUUUCUCUGUGCCAUAUCAUUGAAAUCCUACAAGUGUUGCAAAAGGUGGAAGGGAAUAUUAUGACUUACCUAACUUAAAAAUGUUGUAUAUAAUCACGUAGCCUACUGAUAUCAUGCUGUAGAAAAUAUAGCCAAUCAGAUGGAAUUCAGGAAUUCAAUGUAUAUUUGAUGGUAUUGCACCCACUCCUCUUAUUGUGUGCUGUAAUCUUAUUCCUGCCAAAAUCAAGCAUUUGAUACCAUUUCUAGUGUAUUUCAAGUGCUGUUUAAGCCAUGUCAGAACCAAAUUCUUCCCUCAACAUUAAUGUUCGGGUAAUGAAAAAAACAAGUGACUUGUGGGAUAUUCCAUGGUAUACCACUCAGCAUUGCAUAACUGGUGUAUAUUUGAGUGAUAUAUGUAUAUGUUCUGUGUAUAUAAUCAAAUUUAUAAGUUAUUCCUUAAUUUAAGGAAAUCAGAUUAGCAUUUAGUCACAUCUUUAAUGGCACUCAUUUAAUCCAUCAGGGAUUCAUAUAGUCACUGAGGUUCACUUCGUGUCAGACUCGAAAGAGCUUGAAAUUCUGACUUGCAAACUUUUAGGGAGGACACAACUACUGUGAUACUACAGAAAUAACUCUUCAUCAUUAUUAACAACUUUCAUCUUUGUUAAUCAAUUCAGUUCCUUUAUAGGCACAUGACCAUUGUGAAACUGUUUAAUUAAAAUACCAUAUAAUCAUUUUAUUCAACACCAGUUCCAUCACAAGCUCCAGGCAACUUCACUGUGACUGCUACGUCAUCUACUAGUAUAAGAGCAUCAUGGACAUCACUGCCAGAAUAUGCCAGACAUGGAACAAUAACAGGUUAUAAGGUGUUUUACAGACAGAAGGGUUCAGCAAACAAUUCAGUCGUGGAGUCUGUUAUUGGAACAGGAAUUUUAACUAAAGAUUUUGCUAAUCUUAACAAGUAUACCAAAUAUGAAUUUCAAGUGUUGGCCAUGGGAUCUCAUGGUGAGGGACCAAAAAGUCCUGUAAUGGUUGGGCAGACACUGGAAGAUGGUAAGAAGGCUAAAACUAAAUAGUGUAGGUUGUAAGAAACAUUUUUUCCAAAAAAACACAUAGCUUUUUGUCAUGAGACUGGAACAUACUUCAUGUGUACAUCUUGCCAGGUUUAUUGUAUUGAUAUUGUGCAUGAUAUUGUCAGAGUUAAGCUAUUAUAAUUAUUAAGAGUUAACUGCCCUCUGCAGUUUAAGUGAACAGGUAAAAGUGCAUCAUCUAAUUUGCACAUUUUUUCUGUGAAAGAUCAAGUUUAUUUCAGUACAGUUUAAAUAAUAACCUUCAUCUUCCAUUUCUUUACUACUUUAGCACCAAGUAUUCCUUCAACUCUUUCUCACUCUGAGAUAAAACCAGAUAAACAAGUUGGUCCAAAGUUAAAGCUCACCUGGCAUAAGCCAGCAGAAGAAAAUGGAAUUAUCAGGAGUUACACUGUGUUUUAUAGUCAUGAUGAAGAUCCUCAUAACAUUAACACUGAAACCUUAGGAGGAAACAUGUUAAGUUACAUAGUAGAUGUGUUAGGUGGGGCCACCUAUCAGUUCCACGUCAGAGCUGCAACGAUCAAACCUGGACCAAAUGCAACCUUGUCUGUUACUAUUAAUGAUUAUGGUAGGUAUAAAUUAGAAAAGAUUAUGAUCAAUAGGCCAGUUUUGAUAUACUAAAAUUCUAACAUAGCUCUGUUGCUAAGGGGAAUAAAACUAAAAAAACUAAUUAUUCAUCUCACAACCUCCAUGUGAUUUUUUUUGGUUAUUAUCCUCACCCUCGGUACCAAGUUUGAAUUUUAUUACAUUGAAAAUUGCCUAUUAAAUUCACUUUCAACUUUAAUGUUAUCUGAUAAGUGUAGAUGGUAAGUUAUAUCAAGGUAGACAAAUAGAGAACAGCUGCAUUACAGGAGUGGUACAGGAAGGACUCUCCUUAUCAACUCCAAGUUCUUUCCAAGAUACAUGUAGUAUUGAAGGACUGGUAAACAUGAUUGUAUUCAACAUGAAUGACUACGUACCUAAAGAAAUAAAAAUGUGAUGAAGGGGAAAGGAGGGAAGAAUUACUGAAAUACAAUUUAGAUAAACUUUGAGGAUAAAUUUUUGAUCCAAUGUGAUUCAGAAAUAAUAAUUUAUUAAAUUUUUUCGUUCAAUGACAGACAGCUGACCAUUUAUCUGAAUUGGUAUAUAUUUUUAUUCCCUUUUGUCAGAACCCAUUGUAGCACCAAAUGAUGUGUCUUUCAGUAGACUGAACCAAACAACCUUCAAUAUUUCAUGGUCACCCCUGACAAGAAAAGAGAGUUAUAGCAAAGUUAUCUCAUAUGAGGUCAAGAUAUCAUUGGUGUUGUCUGGAAGUCGACAAAAGAGAUCUCCAGCCAACAGCAAAACUGUUAACACAACAAAAGCAUUUGUUAUCCUGUAUGAUAUUCAGCCUUGUUACAAUGUGUAUGUCCGAGCAUACACUAAAGCUGGCCCAGGACCAUAUGGUCAACCCUUACCUAUGGAAUUGAGUAAGUUUCAUUUUUUUUCCCACAAAUUAAAUGUAGAGCACGCAAAAUUUUGCUUCAAACUCAUUAAUUUAGAGCGUAUAGAAGCUUGAUGUUUAGUCUGAUUCAAAAUCACCAGUAAGAGUAAGAAAAGCAAGGCAUUUUGGCUGUCUUUGGUUGUAGCUUAAUUCGGCUAAUAACCAGGAAAUUGAUUAAUUGAAUAGGGGUUGAUAUUCAAAAUGCAUCCCCUAGUGUACCUGGGGAAACAAGUUGCAAUGUUUCCCAUAAAUUUUUCAUCGCAAAUAGCUGUACAUUUUUUCUCACAUUCACAUUAUUUAAUUUAUUCUUAUUACAACAUGGACUAUUUGUACAAAUAAAAAAAACUACAGAAAAAAUGGGAAAUUAAUAAAAGUGCAUUUACUGAAUACACAAAAGAAGAAACUUACUCUGGAAUCUAAAGCAGCUAUGAUACUUACAUUGUUUUACUUACUAAUAUGACAAAGUACCAGAGGCACCCAACAACCUGAGGGCAACAGACUCUCAGUCAACAGAGAUGACACUGGAAUGGGUGAGACCCCAACCUGCUAUGGAAGAAAAGUGGAAGGUGAAAUGCUUUAUUUUUUUAGUCUACUUUGCUGUAACAACUUGGGUUUUGACAAAAUUUUAUACAACUCUUUGAAUCUGAGAAUCAGAAAGUACUAUUUUUGUUAUUUUUGUAAUUCCUAACCUAAAGAGCGUUUUAACCCUUCAACUCUCAAGAUCUUAUAAGUAAUUCUCCUUACUGUCUGCCAUACAAUUAUUAUGACGUCAAUUUGGAGAAAUUUUUAUUUGAUCAAAGAAUAAUCCCCUUAUUGAUAUUUUACUUUAUUCUCAUCUCUCCUAUGCUUGAUAUUUUAUUGUUAUUGUAAGGAGAAAUUCUGUCUCGAUCACUCAUGGGAGUUAAAGGGUUCUAGGAGAAGAGAUGGAAGUGACUUCUGUUGUAAUGAGUAUGACACAUAAGUGUAGUAGAGUACUGGUACCAUCAGUAUGACUACCAUGUAAGAGCAGCUACUGUAAUGUACUGUAAUAAGUGAGAGGAGUUAUAUCUACAUGCACAGCUGUAUGUUGUUUUGCAUGUACAUGCCACAACUCCUUUAUAAAAUAAGGUUUUUUUGUUCUGUGCUGUGAUCAUAAAAAUGCACGUCCAGGUGGGAGAUUUUAUUUGUAAAUAAAUUAGUGCAAGUGUGGUAUUUACUGUAUCUGCAUUUGACUCAAUUGUUUGAUUGUUAAGGUUGAGUACUCUGGGAAAAAGUCUUACAACAACAGCUUUUCACAUGAAGGCAGCAAAGAUGUACAGGGAACAACAAAAUAUACCCUUGAUAAUUUGGUACCAGGUACCAAAUAUGACCUUCGGGUGUAUGGAAUCUCAAAAUGUGGAAACAACGGAUUCUCUUCAUCUUUGGAAGUAGAAACAAAAAUAGGAGGUAAGCAAUAACAUGCAGGUAACCGUUUGACCCCCAAGAGUGACUAACAUCUAAUUUCUCCUUACAAUAUCAUCCCUGAAUCACACAAUGUGGUCACAAGAAUAAAGGAAAUGAUCACCUACUAAAGUAACUUCUGAUUGUUAAACAAAUCCUCCUUGUCAGCACUUUAGGAAAUAUAUGGGAUCAGUAUGGAGAAUAUGCAUCUUGAAAUUGAUGUAAAUAUUUUGCUAAUCAUAUUAUUAUAUUUGUUUUCUUCCCAGAGCCAUUGGCUCCACUUGUACUAUCACUGACCACCAGGAAGGUCGCUGAGUCGCAGGCUGAAAUUGAACUUUGGCCUGCUGAACAAAGGAAUGGUCCAGUAAGGUGAUGGUUUUAUAGUUUGUGUCACAGAUUAGCUAAAAGCAUAAACUAUUAAUGAUAAACUCACCUGAGAAGGACACAAUUCUUGCUUUCACUGUGCACAUAUUGAUGUUAAUCUUGUAUACAUAGUCCAUGAUAUGAGAAAGAUACAAUGCCUUAAUUAGGUCUUUCGAACUUAAGUUGCAAUACCAGACUGGGUAAAAAUCUCCUUGUUGACUGUAACGUUAACAAAACGCCAGUUCUGCAAUCAACAACAUUUCUGUUUAGGACUAUUCUUCCCAAGACGAUCAGAUCGCACAACUGGCUACUAUAUUGAACACAAACACAUGACUUUGUUGCAAAGUCUUUCGCAAAAGUUCCUAAGUGCUUAACUCAAGUCAUUAAAGACCAUCAAACAACCACCACCUUUCAAUACGGCGAUGACCGCAAUGAUGUUGACCAGAAUUUUGUUCGUUUUCAACAUUUCAGUGCUUAUCAAAUAAUCAUUCUUAAAGUCUCUGAUUGUGUUCAAGAGUUUCCCAAGGAUUUUCAUUUGAAGCUGAAAGAUUUAAACGACGAAAAUUUGAACUUUCAUCCGUUUUACAUCGCUGCGGAAAUCGAAAAUGAUCCUGUGCAUGAGAAAUCUUGGAAAUUUACUAUUGGUGACGGGAAAUCGUAUGGAACUUUUAUCAACAAAGAACUGAGGAAAGGAGGAAACUAUUUUGCCUAUCAAAGAGCAAUAACUCGUUUCAAUGGUGUAAGUAAAUUUGGGUGUUGUUUAAUUGUUCUGUAAUUUAGAGUUGAUAAUCUAAACAUAAUAUCCACUUGAUGAAGAAAGUUAUUUUGGACCAAACCAUGUUUUUACGUGCAGUCACACUUGCUGUUAGGGAUAAAUCUCACUUCCUUAUAUCAAUGAAUUUUAUAAUGUGUUUGUCACUUUUUGACCAUGUUUGGUUCACUUUUUAGCAAAUUUUGGAAGGAUAUGCCAGUAAAGUGGCCUCGAUAUCUGUCACACCAGGUAUGCGAGUUAACACUCACGUGAGACUUGAAAGUAAUUUCUCUAUCUUUUCAGUUUAGUGGGCUGUUAACUUUCAUGAGAGCUUUGUGACUUGGAGAGAAACUUCCCUUUUGGCAAGAGUCAAUUGUUACAGUUGCGCGGGCAAAUUAAAAAAAAAGUUAAAAUCAAAUAAUGGCAGAUCCUUGUUGAAGUCUGCCACUGUUUCAAAAGUUUGUGCCUGGCCUUAUUUCUCCCCUUCAACUGAAUAAGUUAGGUUUAAAACCUCGGCCACUGCAGAUUACGAAAAGCAAACUAACCUACCACCGUUUCUGUGUUUACUAGAUAAUUCUUAUUCCGGUCUGCAUUUACAUUUGGUCACCUUUCAAUUCUUAUCAUAAUUAUCAUAGAAUAACAUCCUUUUUAGUAGCUUUUUGGUUAUUUUAUUUUCACUUAAAUGUAAAAUUUGUGCAACUUCCAUUGAUGUAAUUAACAAAAGCGCCUUGAUGCUUUCAGCUCUAUGAUGAGAAAGGCCACAAUCUAGAUUAAGGGCAGGUUUUUUGUUCUCGCUUGCUCUUCUACGAAUUUUAAUGUUUAACUAUUAUUUUCUUUCAAUCUGCAGAGUCACUUAAAUAUACUAAAGAAACCAUAAAGGGAGAUGCCA